AUGGAAAAUUGGCCACCCCAGAAUGGAGAAUCAAGUACUACACCUCAAUCGACAGAUGUUGUUACCAAAGGCCAAACAUCAAGUGAACAACCUUCUAACAGAGUAAUCAUGUUACUGGGACUUGAUCCUAAUACUACUACGGGAAUGAUAUCAAAAGCAUUUCGUGAACAUGGUUUACAAGUAACGGUGGAUUAUCAAAGGGAUGAUACCAUAGGUUAUGUUCAACUUUAUUUAGAUAUCGCCAAAGAAGUAUCGGAACGUAUUAUGAGUAACGGUGGUUUAAGGAUUGGUACAGAUGUAGCAGUAUUACGUGCAUUAGAAGUAACGGCAAGAUCAUCACCAGGAAAUUGUAAAACUUCAGGAAAAGUUCGAUAUCAAAGACGUAAUAACAGACAAAAUCCCUAUCAAAUUAUGGAAUUAGAAGAUGGCGUUGAUACGUUAUCAUCAUCAUCAAAAUAUAUUAGACAAAAUCAUCAACGAAUGGCAAAACCUCAAAGGAGGAGAAAAAAGAAAUCAGAUAAAACAUUGAAUAAAUCAGCAUUAAAAAAAACAAAAGCUAGUACAAAGAAACGAUUAAGUUUUAUAGAAAACGAAGAAUCCACUGCCAAUACCACGCCAUCAUUUGAUACUCUUGAUGAUCAUUCAUUUGACACUCCAUCAUUUGGCACUCCACCAUUUGACACUUCACCAUUUGAUGUCGAUUGA